ACUGUUGCUCCAGUGUAGAGGACAGGCCUUUAUGAUGUUCUUCUGUUUUCAACAGCGUAAACUGCAAAAGAGUCUACAGAAAGAAAUCUCCGAGAGAGAAAGUGAACUGAACAGGCUGAGGGAAAACGUUGAAUCUCUUCAGUCUUCUGCUAAGGCUUCAGUGGAGGUGAGUGAGAGCAACUUUACGGAGCUGCUAGCCUUCUUUGAGCGGAUGCGCUCAGAGGUGCCGGAGAUGAUCAGGGCUCAGGAGAAGGCUGAGCUGAGUCGGGAAGAGCAGCGGCAGGAGGAGGUCAAUGUGUUGAAGACGAGAGCAGCUGAGAUGGAGCAGCUUGCUAGCAAAGAGGAUGAAGUACAGUUCCUGCAGAAUCUCUCUCUUUUCUCUCCUGAGGAUUUACCAAGAGUUACUUCCAAUGCAAACUAUGCAUUUAGACCAACCACUGUUGAAUUUUAUCUGAAAAGAAUGAUGAAGGAGAUGGAAAAGACUUACUCUGAAAAUGUUGGCCUCAUAUGGAGUCACGUGAAGUUCGGGUUCUUGCGGUGUCACCAUAAACAGAUGAAAAGAUAUUCUGUCCAUCCAAAGUUUGAUUCUGCAACUGCAUUCAGACAUCACCUUAUAUCUGAAGACAACACAAAAGUCGAAUGGAGUCACGAGGUUGUGUCACGUGGCAGGAGAUGGGAUCGUUUCACCGACUGCAGACAAGUAUUUUGUAGCGAUGCUCUUCCUGAACAUGCCUACUGGGAGGUUGAGUGGAGUAGUGUGCCUGAUCGUGAGGUCGCCAUUGCAGUUGCAUACGAUGACAUUGAACGGAAGGGAUAUGGUAACAACUGCAGAUUUGGGCGUAAUGACGAAUCCUGGUGCUUGGAGCUCUCCGGUUCAUGUCUCAGUUUUUUUCACAAUAAUGUUGAGACUAAAAUUCCAGGCCCAGUCCCUUCCAGAGUAGGGGUUUAUUUGAAUCGCCAGGCAGGAAUUCUGUCCUUCUACAGAAUCACUGACCGUGAUCGUGGUCAUGUAGAUCGUCUAGAAAUUAUUUUUAGUGUUCAGGCCAUAUUUACCCAGAAGACCUUAUACCCAGGAUUUUACGUAGAUUCAAGCUGUUCUGUUGAAGUCUUCUGA